GACACCCAGGGACCCCCCCGGGACUCCCCCGAAGCCCCUCCCCCAUCCCGGAUAUCCCCACCGGGACCUCCAGGACCCCCCCGGGGACACCCCCGACCCCGGGACACCCCCGGAGCCCCCCAGGGACCCCCGAGGACACCCAGACCCCCCCCCCCCCCAGGGGGACACCUCCAGGACACCCCCGUGCCACCACCGGGGACACCGGGGACACCCCCGGAGCCCCUCCCCCAUCCGGGAUCCCCCUCCUUGGGACCACCCCCCCAAUUCCAGGAUCACCCCCCACCCUGGGAACACCCCUGGGCCACCAGAACCACCCCCUGUCCCCAUUCCCGCUGUCCCCUCGGUGUCACCCCCCCAUCCCGGGGGUCCCCCCGGUGUCCCCCCCGUGUCGCCCCCCGGGUGUCGCCCCCCGUGUCCCCCCAUGGAGAACUUCCAGAAGGUGGAGAAGAUCGGCGAGGGCACCUACGGGGUGGUCUACAAGGCCCGCAACAAGGUGACAGGAGAGGUGGUGGCACUCAAGAAGAUCCGCCUGGACACGGAGACCGAGGGUGUCCCCAGCACGGCCAUCAGGGAGAUCUCGCUGCUCAAGGAGCUCAACCACCCCAACAUCGUCAAGCUCCUGGAUGUCAUCCACACGGAGAACAAGCUGUACCUGGUGUUCGAGUUCCUGCACCAGGACCUGAAGAAGUUCAUGGACUCCUCGUCUCUCAGCGGGAUCGCGCUGCCGCUCAUCAAGAGUUACCUGUUCCAGCUGCUGCAGGGGCUGGCCUUCUGCCACGCCCACCGGGUGCUGCACCGGGACCUGAAGCCGCAGAACCUGCUCAUCAACGCCGAGGGCUCCAUCAAGCUGGCUGACUUCGGGCUGGCCCGCGCCUUUGGGGUGCCCGUCAGGACCUACACCCACGAGGUGGUGACCCUCUGGUACCGCGCCCCCGAGAUCCUGCUGGGCUGCAAAUAUUACAGCACGGCCGUGGACAUCUGGAGCCUGGGCUGCAUCUUCGCCGAGAUGAUCACGCGCCGUGCCCUGUUCCCGGGUGACUCCGAGAUCGACCAGCUGUUCCGCAUUUUCCGCACCCUGGGCACUCCGGACGAGGCCGCCUGGCCGGGGGUGUCGGCGCUGCCCGACUACAAGGCCACCUUCCCCCGCUGGGCGCGCCAGGACCUGGCCAAGGUGCUGCCACCCCUGGACGACGAGGGACGCAAGCUCCUGGCGCAAAUGCUGCACUAUGACCCCAACAAGCGAAUCUCGGCCAAGGCUGCCCUGGGCCACCCCUUCUUCAGAGAUGUCACCAGAGCUGUCCCCCACCUGCGUCUCUGACCCCAAAAACCCCAAAAACCACCCCAAAAUAUCCCCUAAACCCCCCAAAUCCCCCAAAAUGGCCCCAAAUCCUCAAAAAAAUGGCCCCAAAUCCCCCAAAAUGAUCCCAAAAAUGACCCCAAAUACCCCCAAACCACCCUAAAACCCCAAAAUAUCCCUGAAAUCCCCCAAAUCCCAAAAAAUUGCCCCAAAUCCCCCAAAAUGGCCCCAAAUCCUCCAAAAUGGCCCCAAAUCCUCCAAAUGGUCCCAAAAUGACCCCAAAAUCCCCCAAAUCCUCAAAAAAAUGGCCCCAAAUCCCCCAAAAUGGUCCCAAAAAUGACCCCAAAUCCCCCCAAACCACCCCAAAACCCCAAAAUAUUCCUUAAAUCCCCCAAAUCCCAAAAAAUGGCCCCAAAUUCCCCCCAAAAAUGGCCCCAAAUCCUCCAAAAUGGCCCAAAAAUGCCCCCAAAUGGCCCCAAAUCCUCAAAAAAAUGGCCCCAAAUCCCCCAAAAUGGUCCCAAAAAUGACCCCAAAUACCCCCAAACCACCCUAAAACCCCAAAAUAUCCCUUAAGUCCCCCAAAUCCCAAAAAAUGGCCCCAAAUUCCCCCAAAAAUGGCCCCAAAUCCCCCAAAAUUGCCCCAAAUCCUCUAAAUGGUCCCAAAAUGACCCCAAAAUCCCCCAAAUCCUCAAAAAAAUGGCCCCAAAUCCCCCAAAAUGAUCCCAAAAAUGACCCCAAACCACCCCAAACCACCCUAAGACCCCAAAAUAUCCCUUAAAUCCCCCAAAUCCCAAAAAAUGGCCCCAAAUUCCCCCCAAAAAUGGCCCCAAAUCCUCCAAAAUGGCCCAAAAAUGCCCCAAAAUCCCCCAAAUCCUCAAAAAAAUGGCCCCAAAUCCCCCAAAAUGAUCCUAAAAAUGACCCCAAAUCCCCCCAAACCACCUUAAAGCCCCAAAAUAUCCCUUAAAUCCCCCAAAUCUCAAAAAAUUGCCCCAAAUUCCCCCCAAAAAUGGCCCCAAAUCCUCCAAAUGGUCCCAAAAUGACCCCAAAAUAUCCCUUAAAUCCCCCAAAAUGGCCCCAAAUCCUCCAAAAUGGCCCAAAAAUGCCCCCAAAUCCCCCAAAUCCUCAAAAAAAUGGCCCCAAAUCCCCCAAAAUGGUCCCAAAAAUGACCCCAAAUCCCCCCAAACCACCCUAAAGCCCCAAAAUAUCCCUUAAAUCCCCCAAAUCCCAAAAAAUUGCCCCAAAUUCCCCCCAAAAAUGGCCCCAAAUCCCCCAAAAUGAUCCCAAAAAUGACCCCAAAUACCCCCAAACCACCCUAAAACCCCAAAAUAUCCCUGAAAUCCCCCAAAUCCCAAAAAAUUGCCCCAAAUCCCCCAAAAUGGCCCCAAAUCCUCCAAAAUGGCCCCAAAUCCUCCAAAUGGUCCCAAAAUGACCCCAAAAUCCCCCAAAUCCUCAAAAAAAUGGCCCCAAAUCCCCCAAAAUGGUCCCAAAAAUGACCCCAAAUCCCCCCAAACCACCCCAAAACCCCAAAAUAUUCCUUAAAUCCCCCAAAUCCCAAAAAAUGGCCCCAAAUUCCCCCCAAAAAUGGCCCCAAAUCCUCCAAAAUGGCCCAAAAAUGCCCCCAAAUGGCCCCAAAUCCUCAAAAAAAUGGCCCCAAAUCCCCCAAAAUGGUCCCAAAAAUGACCCCAAAUACCCCCAAACCACCCUAAAACCCCAAAAUAUCCCUUAAGUCCCCCAAAUCCCAAAAAAUGGCCCCAAAUUCCCCCAAAAAUGGCCCCAAAUCCCCCAAAAUUGCCCCAAAUCCUCUAAAUGGUCCCAAAAUGACCCCAAAAUCCCCCAAAUCCUCAAAAAAAUGGCCCCAAAUCCCCCAAAAUGAUCCCAAAAAUGACCCCAAACCACCCCAAACCACCCUAAGACCCCAAAAUAUCCCUUAAAUCCCCCAAAUCCCAAAAAAUGGCCCCAAAUUCCCCCCAAAAAUGGCCCCAAAUCCUCCAAAAUGGCCCAAAAAUGCCCCAAAAUCCCCCAAAUCCUCAAAAAAAUGGCCCCAAAUCCCCCAAAAUGAUCCUAAAAAUGACCCCAAAUCCCCCCAAACCACCUUAAAGCCCCAAAAUAUCCCUUAAAUCCCCCAAAUCUCAAAAAAUUGCCCCAAAUUCCCCCCAAAAAUGGCCCCAAAUCCUCCAAAUGGUCCCAAAAUGACCCCAAAAUAUCCCUUAAAUCCCCCAAAAUGGCCCCAAAUCCUCCAAAAUGGCCCAAAAAUGCCCCCAAAUCCCCCAAAUCCUCAAAAAAAUGGCCCCAAAUCCCCCAAAAUGGUCCCAAAAAUGACCCCAAAUCCCCCCAAACCACCCUAAAGCCCCAAAAUAUCCCUUAAAUCCCCCAAAUCCCAAAAAAUUGCCCCAAAUUCCCCCCAAAAAUGGCCCCAAAUCCCCCAAAAUGGUCCCAAAAAUGACCCCAAAUCCCCCCAAACCACCCCAAAACCCCAAAAUAGCCCUUAAAUCCCCCAAAUCCCAAAAAAUGGCCCCAAAUUCCCCCCAAAAAUGGCCCCAAAUCCCCCAAAAUGACCCCAAAUCCUCAAAAAAAAGGCUCCAAAAUUGCCCCAAAUCCCCCAAAAUGGCCCAAAAAUGCCCCAAAAAUGCCCCCAAAUCCCCCAAAAUGGCCCCAAAAUGCCUCUAAAUGGCCCAAAACAGCCCCAAAUCCCCCCCAAAAUGACCCCAAACGCCCCAAAACCGGCCCCAAAAUCCCCUAAAUGGCCCCAAAUCCCCCAAAAUGGCCCCAAUGAUCUCAAAUUCCCCAAAAAUGGCCCUAAAAUGCCCCUAAAUGGCCCCAAAUCCCCCCAAACAACCCCAAAUCCCCCCAAAAUGAUCCCCAAAUCCCCUAAAUGACCCCAAAUUCCCCUAAAAUGGCCCCAAAAAAUGACCUCAAAUGCCCCUAAAUGACCCCAAACCAGCCCCCCCAAAAACCCCAUAUCCUUCAAAGCCUCAAAUCCCCCCAAAAUGGCCCCAAAAGCUCCAAAAAUGACCCUAAAACUCCUCCAAAAUUCCCAAAAUGGCCCCAAAUCCCCCUCAAAUCCUCAAAAACGGCCCCAAAUCCCCCAAAUGAUCCCAAAUCCCCCCCAAAACUGCCCCCAACCCCCCCAAAAUGGCCCCAAAUCCCCCAAAAUGUCCCCAAAUGGCCCUAAAAUUCCUCCAAUUGUCCCCAAACGUCCCCAAAUUCCCCCGAAACGUCCCCAAAAUUCCUCCAAAAGCCCCAAAAUAACCCUAAAACUCCUCCUGAUGUCCCUAAAACCCCCCCGGACCCCUCAAAAUGUCCCUAGGACCCCGUAAAUGUCCCCAAAUGUCCCCAAAAUGCCCCAAAUGUCCCCAAAUUGACCCCAAAUGUCCCCAGGACCCGCCGGGUUAUUCCCAAGUGUCCCCAAAUUGUCCCCAAAACGUCCCCGGGGGGGGUCCCAAGGCCACCCCCCCUCCCCCCCUUCUGUGGCACUUACAGGCUGUCCCCUCCCCCAAUGCCACCCCCUCGAUGUCCCUUUUGUCCCCUCCCCCCCCCCCCGCAGUUUUUUAGAGCCGAAAUUUUUUUGGCAAUUUUUUGGCAAAAAAUUUGUAAUAAAAAAAAUUCUUUUUU